UGGAACUAUUUUUUACGUAAUGGUGGCUGCCUGCGCGUUUGAGUCAUUGCUGGCAACUUAUUUACGGAAACCGAAAACCUUCAAAAACGAAUAAAGUUGAUAAGAGAAGUUGAUGAAUUUUCCAGGAUGCCCUUUAUUUGCCUUAUCUGCAACUACUCCAGCACAGCUAGGAAUUUCAUCAACAUAUUCGGUAAUCAUAGUUCCCUCCAAUCGCAAAAGAAAUUAUCAACAUUACUAAGCGAGGUUUUUGGAAUUGUUAUCAAUGAGGAAACAGUCACAUCAAAAGUUAUAUGCACAAAGUGCUUCAAGGAUUGCUCCGAAUAUGAUUCUAUUCAAGUCAGGCAACAAGUAAUAAAAACAGAGCUACAAUCACAAUUCCGCGAAGGCAACGCCUCCCGCCCCCAGCCGCAGCAAUCCUCGCCCCCCGUCAAGAUAGUGCUCCCCGCGUCGAAGCUACAACCCCUGCCUAAAGACUUCGUCAUUGACAGGAAACUGGUCGCCGCGUCCAAAUCUCAACUUAUAUUUAAUAAGAACAAUGCGACAUUUUCCCCAAAAUUCAAUAUCAAAUCGGUCAUAGUGCCGUCGCAGAAUAUCGACACAAUCACAUCAGAAAGCGAAGCGAACACCUCACAAUCUAACAGCGAUGACACUUUGACAGACCCGUCGAAAAUACCUGGCAACUUGGUGAAACACGAAGACGUCUACGGCGAUGAGGAUGGCGAUGUUGAGAACAAUAAUGAUGACAUUGUUGAACAUAACGACGAUCACCCCAUGGAGAUUGAUGAAGAUUGCUCCUUGGCCGUUGUACCAGUUUCAUCUGAAGAAAGUGGAAAGCUAGUGUAUAUUGAUAAUGAUACUAGUAAGGAUAUCAAUGAAAAAUCUCAGAAUUUCAUCGAUUUGGGCCUACUGCUAGCCGAUAAUGUGGACACAGACGAACAUACAGAAAAUGGCGUCGCGAAAAUAGAAAUGAAUGAAUAUGAUGAGGAUGAUGAUGAUGACGACGAAGCAAUAAUAAUGGCGGACGAGAAUGGAGCUACAAUAAUUCGACUCGCGUCCAGUCACCGCAUUUUGUAUGGCAACACUCAAUUUGUAGUCGAGGAGCAAGAGGACAACGAUAACAAUUCCAGAGAUUCCACAUCGAAUUCAUACGAGGAAUCGCAAAUAGAGCUACAAGUUUCAGGCGAUGAAGAAACUGCGAACGCUAUCAUAGCGGCGGCGCAGGAGCAGGGUGGUGCGUUUAUAGAAGUGGAGUCAGGUGAAAUGUUUCGAGUGAAAUCUGUUCAGAGCAAGACUGAUAAGGAUGUCGAAGAUGACGCUUUACCGCUUGUAAAGCCCGAAGAUGGAAAGUUCAGGUGUUUGUUAUGCGAUCAAAAUACCAAAGAAGACAAAACCCCCUUCUUAGCGAACGCAGAAGAAAUGAUGCAGCAUCUGAAGACUAGUCACGACGCGCGGCUCUACAUCUGUGAUUGCGGCAAGAUCAUGAGGAAGCGAUCUUUGUAUAGCGCUCAUAUUGUGGAUCAUAUGCCUAAAUCAGUGAGCGAAAAUCGCCUCCACGAAUGUGCGGUAUGCGGUAGAAGAUACUCGAACAAGACUUUACUAAGAGAACAUAUACACACGCACACUGGAGACAGGCCUUACUCAUGCAAUUUGUGUGAUAAAACCUUCGCCAAUAAGUAUACUCAUCAGGCGCAUCUUAAAAUUCAUGAGGUAAGGCCGCGUCCACACAAGUGCAAGCAAUGCGGCAAGACAUUCUUGACGCAGCAAAAUUUGAGCCAACACGAGAAAACGCAUCUCGGAAUCAGGAAUUUCAUCUGUCAAGUUUGUAAUAAAGCGUUCGCGACGCAACACAAUCUAGAAGUCCACGGCGUUAUACACAGCGGCAAGCGGCCCUUCGCCUGCACUUACUGCCCUAAAGCCUUCGCCAGGAGGGCGGAGCUCCGGGACCACACUAGAAUACACACCGGUGAACGACCUUUCGCAUGCGACAUAUGUUCGGCGACUUUCACUCAGCGCUCGAAUCUGCUAUCGCACAAGCGAGCGACGCAUUUAGACGAUAAGAGAUAUCAUUGUAAGGAGUGCCCCAAACAAUUCAAGAGGCGAAGACUAUUGGACUAUCACAUAAAGGCAGCGCACACCGGAGAACGACCGUUACAGUGUCCCGUGUGUCCGUCCAACUUCGUGUAUCCUGAGCAUUACAAGAAACAUAUGAGAAUACAUACCGGAGUCAAGCCUUAUUUCUGUGAGGUGUGCGGCAAAUCGUUCAGUUCGCGCGACAACAGGAACACUCACAGGUUCGUGCACAGCGAGAAGAAACCGUACGAAUGUCUCACGUGCGGCGCCGGCUACAGGAGGAAACAGCUUCUGUACGCUCACAUGAACAGUACCGGUCACGUAGCGGAGUCGAUCGUCGUCAACCAACCGAGAGUUAUAAAAGCUACCGACACUAGUCCCACAUUACAACGUGUGACAAAGGAAACCUUGUCGAGAAAUGAUGGCAGCUUGGACGAGUCCAAUUUAAACAGUCAAGAAUCUGGCACUAUUGCGUUGGAGGGUAAUAAACUAUUCAUCACGGGAGACCAGGCCCUAGUGUUGGAAGAAGGCAGUACAAUAAACAUGGUCAAUGAUGGCAGCGAAAAUUUAUUUUUACAAGAGCUGAACGCGUCGAUAGCUAACGUCGAAGGUGUCGGAGAUGUUAAACUGGAGAACAGAAAUUUGAUAACCACAGAUGAAAAUGGUGAAUUGAUGAGACUCAUACAAAUACAACUAGCUGACGGUAAGAGCAGAUGGGUCGCCUUCAACUAAUCCAUCGACGAUAUCGAGCCUUAGUUGCGUCUGUGAAUUUAAGGGGUGGACUGAGACUGUGUUUGAGAAUAGACACAGAAAACCGCUUUAGCGCAAAAUGUCCAGCUAGCAGAAUGUCCAAUGGGCAGAAUAACUGGCUCUUUUUUGUCAUUUUAUAUUGCAACUUUACAUAGCACAACGUAAUAUCAUCCCGGAUAAAACAAACGAUAUUUAACGAUAUUUAAGAAUAUGACAAAUAGAAAA